AUGCUGGGUUUGGACGGCGCCGCCGGGGAGACUCCUUCCUUACCGCGUGGUUGCUGCGUGCCUUUCCCUGUGAGGAGCUGUAACUGUCAGCUGGCAGCCAUGAAUGAAUGGAUGAAGAAAGGCCCCUUAGAAUGGCAAGAUUACACGUACAAAGAAGUCAAAGUGACAGCCAGUGAGAAGGAUUAUAAAGGAUGGGUUUUAACCACAGACCCAGUUUCUGCCAAUAUCGUCCUCGUGAACUUCCUAGAAGAUGGCAGCAUAUCUGUGACUGGAAUUAUGGGCCAUGCCGUGCAGACUGUUGAAACUGUGAACGAAGGGGACCAUGGAGUGAGAGAGAAGCUGGCACAUUUGUUCAUGUCUGGAGACUGCAAGGCAUACAGCCCUGAGGACCUGGAGAAGAGGAAGAACAGCCUCAAGAAAUGGCUGGAGAAGAACCACAUUCCCAUCACUGAACAGGGAGAUUCACAACGGACUCUGUGUGUGGCCGGGGUGCUGACGAUAGACCCCCCGUAUGGCCCCGAAAAUUGCAGCAGUUCUAAUGAGAUUAUUCUGUCCCGUGUUCAGGAUCUUAUUCAGGGACAUCUUGCAGCUCCGCAGUGAGAAGCCAAGAACUGUGGAUGCGCCGGUUGAAAUAAGACUUCAUUUUUAUUUUUUCCUUCGUGAAGUGUUUGGAUGUUAAGUCCAUCAUAUUACAAGACUUCAGAGGCACACGUGUGUCGUGUGUGAGUUUUCUUUCUCUGUUGUUUUGGUCAAAUCAAAGAUGUGGAUUAUGAGUGCUAAUAAAUAGGUAAACCACACGGAUAGUCUCACGUGCAACAA